ACUUAUUUCUAAGCCAACGAAGCCGAGCAGACGAGAGAAAAAUGGUGUCUAUGUGUCGACAGAUCCUAGGCCUUUCCCUGGCCAUUAUUGGUUUCUUGGGUGCUAUCCUAAGUUGCGCCCUUCCCAUAUGGAAGAUGACUGCGUUCAUUGGAGCCAACAUCGUGACAGCACAGAUCAUCUGGGAGGGCUUGUGGAUGAACUGUGUGGUUCAGAGCACAGGGCAGAUGCAGUGCAAAAUCUACGACUCGCUCCUGGCUUUACCUCAGGACUUGCAGGCUGCUCGGGUGCUUGUGAUCAUUGCCAUCAUUAUCUGCCUCUUUGCGCUCGUCCUGGGGAUUGCCGGUGGAAAAUGCACAAACUUUGUCAAGAGGGAAGACAGCAAGGCAAAGGUGGCUAUCGCCAGUGGUGUGAUCUUCAUCAUCGCCGGAGUGUUGGUCCUGGUCCCCGUCUGUUGGUCAGCUUCCUUAACCUGGUUUCAGGCCGAUCCGACUUCGACUCCUCCCUUCUGA